CCGCGCCCGCGGGUCAACGGUUCCUGCCCAGUAUAUAUACAAUGAGACGCCCUCGGUGGGCAUAACAGUCCUAGCGUCGCUCAGGAGGUUACCUACAAGAUGAAGUGUUUGAUCGUGUUUGUAGCGGCAGUAGCGGCGGCCCACGCACAGCUGCUCCAUGUAGCUCCUCUGGCUCACUACGCCCCAGCGCCGGUGCCACUGCGCACUCAGUACCACGCCCAGGACGAGCUCGGCCAGUACUCCUUCGGCUACAGCGGCGGUCCGUCGUCCAAGGUGGAGUCCAGUGCUGGUGGUGUCACCCAGGGAGCCUUCUCCUAUGUUGACGCCCACGGACUGGUGCAGAGCCGUAGCUACGUCGCCGACCCGGUCCACGGCUUCCGCGUCGCCGGUACAGACAUCCCCGUGGACGCUAACACCCCUAUUGUAGCCGCACCCGCCCAUCCCCUCGCCAUCCUCGCCAGGAAGAGGCGUCAGGUGCUGUACUCUGCCAUUGCUCCCCUGGCACACCCUGUAGCUUACGCCGCCGUCUACCCCUCCCACCUUCCCGCCGACACUCCUGAGGUCCACGCUGCCAAGAUCGCUCACUACAACCAAUACAACUACGAGUCACUGAGAAACGCCCACCUCGCUGGACGUAAGAAGAGGUCCGUAUACGCUUACGCCGCCCCCUUGGCUUUGGCCACCCCCAGUGUCUACCACGCCGCCCCGGCCGUGUACCACGCAGCCCCCACCGUGUACCACGCUGCUGCCCCCACUGUGUACAGCGCAGUAGCCCCAGCCCCAGCCGUCUACCACGCCGCCCCAGUAGCUGCACCCGCCGUCUCCAGCCAGUACCACUCCCAGGAUGAGCUUGGACAAUACUCCUACGGCUACUCCAACCCCACCUCCUCUAAGACUGAGACCCGUCACGCUAACGGUGUGACCCAAGGUGCCUACAGCUACGUCGACGCCCACGGUCUGGUACAGUCUGCUAGCUACGUGGCAGAUCCUCACAACGGCUUCAGAGUCGCUGCCACCAACCUGCCUGUCGCCUGAACAUCCUCCAUCACAUCUCAAUAAAACGUACAAAACCGUA